AUCAGCGACUAUUAUCUCUUCUACAAGAUGAGUAACAGCCACCCACUUCGCCCCUUUACUGCAGUGGGGGAAAUUGAUCAUGUGCACAUUUUGUCUGAACAUAUCGGUGCCUUGUUGAUUGGGGAAGAAUAUGGUGACGUCACAUUUGUUGUGGAAAAGAAACGUUUUCCUGCCCACCGGGUAAUUUUAGCAGCGAGGUGCCAAUAUUUUCGAGCAUUGCUAUAUGGUGGAAUGCGAGAAUCUCAGCCAGAAGCAGAAAUCCCCCUCCAGGACACCACUGCGGAAGCGUUCACGAUGCUACUCAAGUACAUCUACACUGGGCGGGCGACACUGACGGAUGAGAAGGAGGAGGUGCUGCUGGACUUUCUGAGCCUGGCUCAUAAAUAUGGAUUUCCAGAGCUGGAGGAUUCUACCUCUGAGUAUCUCUGCACCAUACUCAACAUUCAGAAUGUCUGUAUGACUUUUGACGUUGCCAGUCUCUACUCACUGCCCAAGUUAACUUGCAUGUGCUGCAUGUUUAUGGACAGAAAUGCUCAGGAGGUGCUCUCAAGCGAAGGCUUCCUCUCUCUUUCUAAGACAGCACUUUUAAACAUCGUAUUAAGAGAUUCAUUUGCAGCUCCCGAAAAAGAUAUUUUCCUAGCCUUGUUCAACUGGUGUAAGCACAAUUUAAAGGAGAAUCAUGCAGAAAUCAUGCAGGCUGUGCGUUUGCCUCUGAUGAGCCUCACCGAACUGCUCAACGUUGUGAGGCCUUCGGGACUGCUGUCUCCUGAUGCCAUUCUGGAUGCUAUUAAAGUUCGAUCAGAGAGCCGGGAUAUGGACCUCAAUUACAGAGGCAUGCUCAUACCAGAAGAAAACAUUGCAACUAUGAAGUAUGGAGCCCAGGUUGUAAAGGGGGAGCUGAAAUCUGCCUUACUAGAUGGUGAUACUCAAAAUUAUGAUUUGGACCAUGGAUUUUCCAGGCAUCCAAUUGAUGAUGACUGCCGUUCUGGCAUUGAGAUUAAGCUAGGUCAGCCGUCCAUUAUCAAUCACAUACGGAUACUCCUGUGGGACCGAGAUAGCCGGUCUUAUUCAUACUUCAUUGAAGUGUCCAUGGAUGAACUUGAUUGGAUCAGAGUGAUUGAUCAUUCACAGUAUCUGUGUCGUUCUUGGCAAAAGUUAUAUUUUCCAGCCCGUGUCUGCAGAUAUAUUCGAAUAGUUGGGACUCACAACACAGUGAACAAGAUUUUUCACAUUGUGGCUUUUGAAUGCAUGUUUACAAACCAAACCUUCACUCUCGAGAAGGGCCUGAUAGUUCCCAGGGAGAAUGUCGCAACGAUUGCUGAUUGUGCCAGUGUGAUUGAAGGAGUCAGUCGGAGCCGAAACGCCUUGCUGAAUGGGGACACCAAGAAUUAUGAUUGGGAUUCUGGCUACACAUGCCAUCAGCUAGGAAGCGGGGCCAUUGUGGUUCAGCUGGCACAGCCAUACAUGAUUGGGUCAAUACGGUUAUUACUUUGGGACUGUGAUGAUCGGAGCUACAGCUACUACAUUGAGGUUUCCACCAACCAGCAACAGUGGACCAUGGUGGCUGACAGAACUAAAGUCUCCUGCAAGUCCUGGCAGUCGGUAACUUUUGAAAGACAGCCUGCCUCCUUCAUCCGAAUCGUUGGAACACACAACACAGCAAAUGAGGUGUUCCACUGUGUCCACUUCGAGUGUCCGGAGCAGCAGAGCAGCCUGAAGGAGGAAACCAGCGAGGAGCCGGGGACGGGGGACACCAGCCCGGCCAGUCAGCCGCUUGAGCCCCGCGCCCUGCAGGCCCCCGGCGGCAGCUCCCUGCCCUCCAGCCCGGCCUCUCGCUCAUCCGGCCGGCAGCACCAGUAACGGGGCUCUGGUGGGCAGUGACUCGGGGGACCAUCUCCCCAGCAGGGCUUUGUCACUGCCCCGCCCCUUCCUGCGGGGAGCAGACCGGCUGCAGAGACAGACACGGAGCAGGUUUGCUCCCAAGGACAGGAAGGGGCCGCUUUGUUCUCCUCAAUUCGUUCCAAUCAGGCUGGUCUCCAGGGGGAGAAAAUGGCCUUCAAUCUUCAUCAGUCCUGCGUUCACACCCUACCUCUCCCAUCUCACCAGGCCCAGAGCAGGCGCGAGUGGGCGGGCAGGGGGCAGACCGGCCUCUCGGACCUGGGGCGCCCUUUGAGAAAUGGGUUUCCUUCAUGUCUACUCCUGAACACGUCACCCUGGCAACUGAAUGGCUUUUUAUUUCUUUUAGUUACUCCCUGUCUGCGGAAUCAUAGGUGUUCGGGUCUUUUUGAAAUGCUCAAACGGCACUUUUUUUAA